GAGGUGUUGUUCCGCGGUCGUCAAUGGCAACGCUGACCGUGACCGUACUGAAUGCAGACGACCAAGCUCCAAUGUUUGUCGGAUGCAACACAACAAUUUGUACAAACGUGGAAUACAGGGCCUCUGUACAGGAGAAAACGCCGAUAUUAAGUCCAUUGCAGUUCUCCCCAAACCAGAUCAGGGUUGUCAAUAGUUCUGGAGGGACCGUGGAUCCGCAGUCUGUAACGUUCUCCUUCACUGGAGGGCAACCUCCGCAGUAUUCUUCUUUCUUCUCUAUCAACCCUACUACGGGGCAGGUGAACCUUCUUCAACAAGUCCGCCGAUCUGAGUAUGACGUCUUUAGUAUAUCUGUCGCAGCCACUAAAGGUACAAGCAGCAGCACAGCGACAGUGAUUAUCGAGGUAACGCCCAUCAAUAAUUUCCAGCCAACCUUCUCCACGACAACAAUGACUGGUUACAUCUCCGAGAAUGUUAUUGCGGGAACUCGGGUAACGGCUGACUCGAACGGUAUCGUUCCGCUGCUUAUCCAAGCAACAGACCCGGAUCUGGAUCAGGAUGAAGAUCCCGGCUUGAGCUAUCUGUUGGAUGACAACUCUGUUUUCACCCUAGACCUCGUGGGAACCAACGGAGUCUAUCUCUCGUACAGCGGCCUCUCUAACACCCCACUGGAUGCUGAAACUCAAGCUAGCUACAAUGUUUCUAUAAUAGCAAGGCCGACCAAUACAUCAGGACAGUUUGACGCUUCUCAACAGCUCCCGACCCUCCAAGUUACCAUCUUAAUCCGUGACCUGAACGAUAACUCGCCAGAAUUUCAACAAAACCAGUACUUUGAUCCCGUAACAAAUCAAUAUACAGUCAACCUGAAGGACAAUGCUGCGUUCAAUACUGAAGUCAUUUCAAUUCCUGUUACUGAUGCCGACGCAACAUCCUUACCGCCAAUCAUCGAUCAUACAUUCGUCUCCUUGCCAGCAAUUGCAUUGUUCUCCGUGGUGCAGCAGAAUAGCGAUGUCAUUAUCCGUCUCAUCUCGGAAGGGUCUUUAGUCAUCGGCUCAGAAUACAUCAUCCAGCUUCGUGCCUCGGAUAGUCAGGCUCCUCAAGACCUAAAUAAACAAUCUAAUGUGUAUGUUCGCAUCAUCAUCAUCUCUGGUGUAAAUAACAGGCCACCCAUGUUUGAUCAAACAUCCUACUCAACCAGUGCCGAUGAAAACCUGCCCUUAAACGCCCUCGUUGAUACAGUCAGAGCUACAGAUCCUGAUGGAGAGUUCAUAAGAUACAGCAUCACGUCUGGGAAUAUCAACGAUGCUUUCAUGACUGUCGACGGUGCAAACAAUGGAGAGAUUCGAGUCCAGGGCUCACUAGACCGAGAAGUCCUUGCUUCCUAUUCACUGGUUGUGGAAGCUUCAGAUGGAAACCUGACUGCUUCUGCUGUAGUCCUAAUCACCAUCAACGAUGUCAAUGAUGAGCCUCCGGUAUUCACCGGCGCGGCUACAUUCUUGAUCCUAGAAAGCAUCAGCAAUGAGUUAGUAGGGCAAGUACAGGCUACCGACCAAGACCAGCUCAACUCAGCAAACUCUGCCAUCAUAUACUCCUUCCUGCCCGAGGUGCCUGAGUUCCGCAUCGAGCCCACGACAGGCCGCAUCUUCACGACGGCCGGUCUAGACAGGGAGCAGCAGGACAUUUACACCCUGACUGUCAUGGCAAGGGAUACGACCACUAAUCCUCUCUCGGCCACGUUGGAUAUCAUCAUCGUCGUGCAGGAUACGAACGAUAACCGGCCAGUCUUCGAGCCGGCUGAGUACGUCAUUGAGGUGCCGGAAAACACUCCUCUGCAAGGGUUUUUGCAGUCCAGGCGCUGGACCGGGAUGCUAAUGCACCUCUCCGGUAUGCCAUCACUGCUGGGGAAACCAACAUCUUCAGUAUAGAUCCUCUGACCGGUAAUCUCUCUCUUCUCAUCCCGCUGGACUAUGAGAAUAUUGGCGCAAGGUCGUUCUAUUUUGAGGUGACCGUCACAGACGUAGACCUCAGUGGUGUAAAUUUGACC